UGGGCCCACGAGCGGAGGAUCCCUUGCUGCAGUACCACUCCAUCUUGCUCCAUCUUCAUCUCCCUCCUGAGCUCCUCAUCUGACUUUCCUUACGAUGCUCGCCAUCAAGAAGCCACGCAAUGCUCGCUCCAAGCGGGCCAUGGACAAGCGCCAGCCGCAACUAAAUGAAGGCGUAAAGUCUGCCCUGAUCGUGAACGCGAGCCACUCUUCUGCCCUCGUCUCCAAGGCGAUCCACCAGCUCUCCACCCUCAAGAAACCCCAUGCAAUCCCUUUUACCAAGAAGAAGUCCAAUGAUGUGAACCCUUUCGUGGAUAGUGGUAGCAUCGAGUUCUGGUGCGCAAAGAACGAUACACCACUGAUGCUCGUGGGUGAUUCAAGGAAGAAGAGGAAAGAUAAUUUGACGUGGAUCAGGCUCUUCGAUGGGAGGGUUUUGGACAUGCUGGAGAUGGGCAUCGACAGCAUGAAGGGCGUCGAGGAGUUCAAGCCACCCACACUCCCCGACAUUGGAUCUCGCCCAAUUUUCCAGUUCAGCGGUCCCCAGUUCUCUGCUGAUGCAGCCUCGCUGUACCCUGCCCACGCUCACCUCAAGUCUCUUCUCCUCGACUUCUACCGGGGAGAGGAGGUGCUGGAGAAUGGAAUUCCAACAGGCGGCAGUGUGGCCCUGCAGAACGGACUGCAAUUCGUCAUCAGCGUCACAGCAGGUCCCAUUGACGAGCAGACCGGCGGUGCAGGUAGCUCGACAGGACAGGGUACCUCACUGGCAGAUCUCUACGCAGCAGGCGCUGCCUCUUCGAGCACCAAUGGCAUCGGAUCUUCUUCCUCUCCCUCCAUCGACACCUCGGCAUCGGGUGCCAAGAUCUACUUCCGGACCUACUCCCUCGUAGUGCCUCCCAAGACGCCCGCCCGUGCUAUCCCGAGCAGCUUCGAACUGCACGAAUGCGGGCCCACCUUUGACUUCACCCUGCGCAGAAGACAAGCGGCGGAUGCUACGCUGCUGUCGCACUCGCUCAAGAGGGGCAAGACACAGGCGGAGAAGAAUCGACAGGGCAAGAGCGAUACGUACAAGAAGAACAUCGAGACGGACGAGAUGGGAGACAUGGUCGGUAGAAUCCAUGUUGGCAAGCAGGACUUGACCAAUCUACAGACGAGGAAGAUGAAGGGUCUCAAGGCAGGCAAGGAAGAGGAUGAGGAUGAGGAUGACAGCGACGAGGAGCUGGAAGCCUUGUCGGAAGACGAUGACGAUGAGGAAGAUGCGUACAUGGGACUGGGUAAUGACAGUGAUGAGGAUGAAGAAGAAGAAGACGAGGACGAAGAGCUGGAGAUGGAACAGCUAGCUGCGGGCUCUGCCGAUGAGGAUGAUGAGCCGGCCGAGUCUGCACCGAAGGGCGCAGCAAAUGGUAAGAAGAGGGGACGGAAGGCUUGA